AUGUGCUUCAAACAUUCAUGGUGCUUAUCUGUGGAUGCUGAAACCCAGGAGCGUGGCAGAGCGCCCAAGGCUCAGAAAAAGAAGGAUGGCCAUGCAGCCACGCCCUCAGGAGCCUCUGGCAGGAGAAAACCCAAGCCAGAGCGGAGACAGCAGCCCCUGCAGAAGAAGACUCCCAUGGAGGCUGCAUCUCCCAGUGCCCCUGCCCCCUCCAUCCUGACCCAAGUAUUAGGGAGGGGCCACUUCCAGAAGGUGGGGGACUCUCUGAGCCUGCGGGCCGGGGAGCCCCUGGAGCUGCGCUGCCGGGGAAAGGUGGUCCACUGGCGGGUGCCCGUGUACCUGGAAGAGGAGGGUGAGGGCCGCCUCAGAAUCAGGCACUUCAGCCAGCACAGCCGGUUACAGCUGGUGAACUCCACGGGCGCGGACACCGGGGAAUACAGCUGCUGGGCCCGAGGCUGCCGGGAUGCCGCCUGCACGGAGGGCGAGGACCGCCAGGGGAGGACCUUCAUCUUCUUCACAGACCCAGAAGAACUCUUUGUCCCCACAGAGAAUUAUUAUGAGGUGGUACAGUUACGCAGUCAUCAACCAGUCCUGCUUCCCUGCCAGGUGACCAACCCCCUGGCCCAGGUGACGCUGCAUCGAGAGUUCCCCCCAGAGGAGGUCCCAGUGGAUGGGACGGACAUCUCCUUUGAUGUGAAGAAGGGCUUCACCAUCCACCGGCCCCGAGCUUCCUUGGCUGGCUCCCUUUUCUGCUUGGCCAGCCUAGGAGGCGUGAGGCAAAUCUCUACCAAGUACAUGCUGAUCUACAUCAACUACCCAUCAUCAUCCCCCAAACCCACCAUCCAAGCUUCAACAGCAUCGGUCCUACUGGGAGAGAACUUCAAUGUGACCUGCACGGUUCUGAGUGAGCCAGCGAUUGCUGUGGACUUCCAGUGGGAAUAUCCAGGGCAGAAGAUGGGCCGACCCCCCUACGUCAGCGAGUGGGCCGACGUGGUCCGCAGGGAGGGCCAGGCCCAGCAGGAGGCGGGGAGCACCCUGUACGUGGAAGAGGCCCGGGCUGGGGACGCUGGCAUCUACACCUGCCGGGCCACCAACCUUCAGGGCACUGGGACGGCCACCACCCGCGUCUAUGUGACCCGGAGGCCUCGAGUCUCCCCUGCGCCUUCCUAG